CGCGUCUUCUGCGCGGGCGAACGGGACCAGUUAUGGCGGACGAGGACAAGGGGACUUUGGGAGUGAAAAGACAGAAAAAGGGGGAUGAAGGCAAGAGUUUGAAGGCUGAGGAUUUAAAUGACGAUGUUUUAUCUAGUUUGCCAGUGAAAGAGCUGAAUCAUCUGUUGCGUGGUCUUCCCGAUGAUGAAGUAUAUAGACUAAAACAACGCCGACGAACACUGAAAAACCGUGGCUACGCACAGAACAGCAGAACUAAACGCGUAAGACAGCGAGAGGAUCUCGAAGAUGAACGGCAACAAUUGAAAAACGAACUUUAUUCAAUAUGCAAAGAAAACGAAGACUUGCGAAGAGAGAGAGACGAAGCUAGGAGAAAGUACGACUCUUUACAGAAACUUUUGACUAACCGUACUAAGCAAAUUGGUUUGCAAAAUACUACUAGUACUGAACUAGAUGAUCCCAUUGAUGUAGUUGGCAUUGAGGAAGCAGAAAGACCAGCGAGAAUUAAGCGGGAAAAAGCCACUGACAAUCAUCAAAAUGAGAUGGAAUCUGCAAAACAGGAUAGACAUAAUCAGGAUACUAGUGAAGAAGGAAGCGAUGAAUCGCGGUAAUACCUGAAAUCGACAAGGAACAUAGGUUUGUUUACAAUCGUAAAGACGCGUGGUCACAUGUUGUGAUGAUGCGUUCUAGAACUUUGGGUCUUACUGAUGUGUACUUGUGUGUAUAAUAUCUAUACAAAUACCAAUGGAAGAACUAUCUAAGAGGAGUAACAACAAUUAGGUAGMAACGUAAAUUUAUGACUGAUCGUGAAUUCGCCAAUUAUGCAAGAGCGGGUGUACGAGGCAGGGACCCGAGCUCCAUUCACUAGACAUGAAAUCUACAUUGUUUACAACCGUACUAUUUCAUCGUAAGCRCGUCUACAGUGCAUCGUUGAUUUCACGGUCAUAAAAGGAACUGUUCUCGUGUUUAGGGAGARAAAAGGAAUACUCAGACUGUAGUAAUAUUGUAGUAAAACCAACUUCAUUGAAUCAAUGAUCAUGACAAWUGUCACAUCUGAUACAAAUACAUGGAUCGAAACUAACUUUAAAGUCUUCGUAAUAAGGAGGUUAAUAGACUGUUCCUCACUGAUUCAACCAACUAUCUAUAUUUUAAAAGAACGCCAAUAAAAAACGUUGAAUUAUA